GUCCCCGUCGCAAACGUCUCGAAGGGGCGCGGCUUCGUGCGCGAGGGCCCCGCGAGCCCGCACUGCGCGCACCUGGUCAGCAAGGAGUCCUCGCAAGGAGGCAUCGAGGCGGAGUACAUAGAUGGCUACGACCUUCUCGAGGGCCGCGGCGCCAAGCUGAAUCCGCCGAUGUCCAGGCGCGGCCUGAGCAUCGUGCCGCGGAAGGGGCUGGCCAUCCUGUGGUACUCCCGCCGCCCCGACGGCCAGCUGGACCCGUCCUCCCAGCACGUCGGGUGCCCGGUCAGGACGGUCGACCGCCUUAUCCCCGAACACAGGUUCAAGUACUCCCUGACGACCUGGAUCCACUUCGAGCCCCCGAAGUACGAGCUCAUGGAGGACGCCCCCUUCGACAUGCGCGGCGCGUUCCUGAGCCUGGGCCGCCCGCGCGGGGCGGCCCGCGGGGCGGCCAGGCUGCGGCCGUCGCAGGACCGCUUCGACGGCGCGCUCCUCGGCGGCUGGCUCGGGCGCAGGGGCCGCCGUGGGCGCGCAGCGCUGGUGCAGCGAGGCUCGGCCGGCAGCGCGCCCGCCGACGGCAACGCCACCGCGACGGCCGCGCAGCGCCUGGAGAGCGCCCUGGCCCGACUGGCGGCGGAGGAGCGCAGUGUGAGCUUCACCCGGGCGCGCCUGGAGCGCCUCGGCGCCGAGCCCGCCGCCGACGCGCUGGGCAGCCGCGGGCCGCGGGCGGCGAGGAGCCGCGCGCCGAGGGAGGCGGAGAGUGCGCCGCGGGCGGCCGAGGGCCCCGCCGAGGCCCUCCAGAAGGCGGCCGCCCUGCGGGGCGCGAAGCGCGCGGCCGGCCCGCCGCGCGCCGCCGAGCCGGCUGUUCACCAGGCUGCUCAGCAUCGGGACCUGUCGGAGGAGCCGGGCGCUGGCGAAUCGCUGCGCAGGGUGAUGGAGCGCGACGAGGAGGAGCUGGAGAGGGAGUUGGGCCUCGUGGGUGCCGGCCACGCCCAAGGAGCUUUGCGGCAGGCGCUGGGCGCCGCCGGGGCCGCCGCCCACGCCGGGCCGAGCGGCACCGGGGCCGCCAGCCACCGUGGUCACGGCGCCGCCGGCCUCGACGAGGCGAGGAGCACCGUCGGCGAGCUGGCGCGGCUGGCCGCCCCUGGCGAGGCGAGGAGCGCCGUGGGCGAGAUGGUGCCGCCCGUCCCAGGGGUUGCCCGCGGCGGGCCACGGCACCGGGACUGCCAGCCGCCCCGUGCCCGCCGGCGCGGCCCGCGACCAGGCGAGGAGCGCCGCUGGCGAGAUGGUGUCGCUCGUCCCCAGGGCCGCCCGCGGCGGGCCCAACGGCACCGGGACUGCCAGCCGCCCCGUGCCCGCCGGCGCGGCCCGCGGCCAGGCGGCGGCCCGCGCCGCCGAGGGGGCAGCGCGCCACAACGGGACCUCUGA